AUGUGGCAGAUUAUAAAGCUUCAUCUCCAGUGAAGUAAACAGUCAACUGUUUGCUCUUUCAAGAGUUUAUGUAUAAUCUUCCACUUUCAGAAGCCAUGUAAUAUAUAUCUUAUAAGAAAUGCAUCUUAAGAAAACUCCAAAUGCUUUUUGGAAAUGCACGUGAUCAGUGAAGGAUCAAACACCAACAAGCCAUUGAAUCACUCCAUCAGUGAAACAUAUAUCCACUCGUUAUUGCAACGACUGCAGUGCAAAGCAUUGUUUUCAAAAUGUUCAUGCAUGUUUAAAAUACAUCAGAACCUUUUUCAGGGCAAUAUCCGAUUUAAAGCGACGUCCUCAUAUUACAGACUAGGAAGUGACGAUAGAAAGUUUUUUCCGCGCCUGAAAGCAGCCUUCAUAAAGCAGAGUGUACCACAGAAGUGCUACGUGAAAUGUUGAGGAAAAUCUGUUGAUUACGGCCACCUCCUUUCACUGUUUACUCUUUUACUCCUUCUCACAAGCCUGGGGCGAUCAUAUACAGUCAUGGAUUUCUAGUUGGCUGGAGAGAUAUUUGGAGAGUUUGUUCCUCACUCACGCUUCCACACCGCAUUUUCCCCUCUGACGGAAUUUCCCGCACGACCCCGGCGCGUUUGCUGCGCUCUCAGCGCCCCACAUGGAAGUCACGGCCUAAUAUGGUAGCGGAAGUAGGCGAGGCCACUGGACUGGAGGAUCACAAGACUGUAGCUGAAACAGAAAUGUGUUGUUCGAUAGUGCUUAUGGACUGCGCCUUAAAAAGCCUGAAGACGUUUAUGCAGAUAAACGCUAACAACGUGCACUUUUCCAAUCUCGGGUAACUCUUUGUUGUGCAUAGAAGCUAUUCGAUUUAUCUACAGAAUCCUCUUUAUCUUUGUGAAAGUCUACCUCUUGAGUAAUACCGGAGUGAGGUCAGCAUUGCAUGACUCAACCUUGGAUGUGCAUGCAGUCAUUUCAGGGAUAUUGCUUUGCCUGCUUGGCGCAUGGACACACAGGAGUUUUUCUUUCAGAGAUCCCUGAAGAAAGCGGUUGUCAUCCGUGAAAACAUAAUGGCUGUCAAGUUCCAGGAGUUUCAGAAUGCCUUGAUUCACCGGGAGUAGAAGAAAAAGAAGAAGAAGAAGAAGAGGAAAAGAAGUACAAAAGAAAACCAUAGACAUGUUUGAGGGUCUGUCUGUUGAAACUGUGAUUUCUGCUAAUAGGAUGUUUUGCAUUUUAAAGCUGACUUCCAUUCCAACUAUGCUUAGCAGAUUUGGAUGACCACAGACUGUUUAAAAACCUCUAACUACAUUUGUGAAAGAGAGGUAGAUAGCAGAUUAAUUACACUGGAGAGAGCUUGGUGUGGUUUGGAGAUUUGAACUCUUCUUUACCCUGUCAGAAGCUCACUCCAACCCUCACUUACCAUCUUUAUUCAUGAUAGUCAUGAGUUUGCCAGCUCAACAGAAAGCCAACACAAAGAGGACAGGCAAACGCAUCACUUUCUUUAACGACCAGGGCGUUGCAAUGAAAGAACCUUCUCAGCGCUCAGAGAACUCCUACUAUGGCAUGGGGGCCCCUCCCUCAGAGUCAGGGCACAAUGAGGCUGCGGGUGUGGAAAGCUCCACUGCUGAUGCACCACAUAUGUUUCUCAAUUCUGUCAUUUUCAGCCCAGAGAAGGGCAGCCAGAACCGAGGCCAUUACCAACAGACUAUGCCAAUGAAGUGGUCACACCAGGAGCUACCACAGCAACCUCAGCAGAGACCUGCAGCCUGGUCUCAAGGUGUCACAACGACAACUUGGGCUCAGAGCUAUGCUCCAUACAUGGGAGCACAGACUGGUUUAGUAAAGCAGGUACCUGAAGGUAUUGCAAUUCCACAGCAGCAGCCAGCCCCCAUUAGAAUGUCGGAAAAGCAACAACAGGCACCUACCACAGGUGGAGAAGCCUUUAGAGAUGCUUCUAAAGGUCUGGACUGGGAACAGCAGACGCAAGCCUUUCAGCAGGGUCACAAACCUGCUUUUUUCAAUCCCCAGCAGAAUGUGCCAUCCACCACAGGGAGCACAUCAGUGCUUCAGCCCUUUCAGUUAGCUUUUGGGCAGCCCAGGCAAAACUUGGCAGCAGGUUAUUAUCCAGUAUUCCGUGGCAACAGAACCUUGCAAAAUUUUGUAAACAGCCCCCAAACAAAUCCCCAAAAUCGAAUUCAUCAGCAAAUUCAGCAGCAGCAAAUUCAGCAGCAGCAAAUCCAGAGAAUGAUACUCCAUAAACAGCAAAUUCAACAGCAAGUACAACAACAACAACAACAACAUCAAAAACUGCUGCAACAUCAACAACAGACGCAACAACUUGCGCAAUCACAACAGACACAGCCACAGCAGCAAGCACAACAUUUAAAUCAGAUCCAGCAGCAGUCAGUACAAAUGCCACAUCAGAUACAAAUACAACAAGCACAGCCACUUCAACAGCAACUGCAGCAACAUGUGCAAAAAUCUCAGCAAGUGCAACAGCCUCAAUCACUAAAUCAGCAAAAAUCCGAACAACUUCAAAAGCUGCCACAGAAUCAGCAGGUAGUGGAGUAUUCUACUGCUGGCACACAACCGCAGUCACUUUCCCAACCUGAUCAAUCAACGGGGCAAUCCCAAGACACACCUGAAUCAACGCAGCCGCAGGAUAACGCUCCUCAGUACCAUCCUGUUCUUCCUCAGGCACCCACGGAGACACAACAACCUGGACCACGGCGGUCUCGGCGCCUCUCCAAAGAGGGUGGAGGACAGGCAACGGAGAAUCCCACCCUUAUGCCUGCUGAGCAACAGAUUCAGGGCUCUCAUAACGGAGACACUGAAGCAAGCGAGGUUGGAGCCAAGCAAGCCAUCCGAGCUGCUCCUACUGGGGUCAUCCAGAGCACGCGGCGAAAGAGGAGGGUUUCCCAAGAGGCCAAUCUGGAAACGUUGGCACAGAAGGCAUCUGAGAUGGAGUCCUUACCUUCACACACUGUCAAGGAGUCUCACAGGUCCUGGAGCCCACCAGCAUCAGGUCCGGGUCGAGGGGUUGGAGAGCUGGAAGGUUUGAGUGCCAAACGUGUGAGAGAUGAGAGCCUGGUCCCUCUGGUCAUCCCAGUGUCAGUUCCUGUAUGGCAAGCAGACCCCACCUCUGUGGACCAGGAGCAAUCCUCUCUGUCUGCCAGCUGGCCCCAACGGUCCAGCGAGUCAAACCGGACGGACCACAAGCCCUCCGUCAUUGUCACGCGCCGGCGCUCGCUACGCAACUCUCUGUCUGAGAGCUCGAACCAGAACGGCGGAGCUGAACUCGGUGGCGACGUAGAUGGCAAAUCGUCCAAGGCGAAACGGCGUCCUCGGCCGGAGCCGCUCUUCAUCCCUCCGCCCAAAGUGAGCACGCUGAUCGCUCCACCCGUUUACUCCAGUAUUACAUCUUACCAGAGCCACCUUCGCUCACCAGUAAGGCUGGCUGAUAACCCGCUCACGCUGCCCCCUUACACCCCUCCGCCCAUCCUCAGCCCUGUGAGAGAGGGCUCGGGCCUUUACUUCUCCACCAUCCUCUCUGCCGCUGUAGCAGGAACACAGGGCCUACCGCCGCCCGCUACGCCCAAAUCAGCCACUCGUAGCCUGCUUCGCUCUAACAGCACUGAGAUUACGCCUCCUGUGUUGUCUGCUAUGAAUGAGGCUACUCCUGUCAGCGUCGAGCCACGGAUCAACAUUGGGCAGAGAUACCAGGCGGAGGUGCCUGAGCUGAAGGAACGCUCUGCUGCACAGCUCGACCCACACAAGGCAGAGCUGGUGUGGGCGCCGCUGCCUGAGCUGGAGUCCAAAGGCCAGCAGCAGGAGAGAGUGAGUGACCUCAUGCACCUGGCCUGCUCCAGUGCACUGUGUGGAGGAGGGACCAAUCAGGAGCUGGCCAUGCAUUGUCUCCACGAGUGCAAGGGUGAUAUCAUGGGAGCCCUUGCCCUUCUUCUGUUGAAAAACCCCAUCUUUCCCAAAUCUCACCCUCUGGCAGAUUACCACUACUCCGGCUCAGACAACUGGACACCUGAGGAGAGACGCUUCUUCAACAAGGGCAUCUCUACCUACAAGAAGGACUUCUUCAUGGUGCAGAAAAUGAUAAACUCCAAGACAGUGGCUCAGUGUGUAGAGUUCUACUACACCUAUAAGAAGCAGGUGAAGAUCGGCAGGAAUGGCACACUCCUCUACGGCGAAGCAGAACUUCCUGAAACACGGCCUACGGAGGAGGAAGUGGACUAUAAAGGUUCACAGAGAUUCGAUAUGCGAAAGGAAGAGGAAGAGGACAGGAAGUGGGAGGUAUCAGGCGACAGGAAGCGAGAAAGCAGCCCUGACAGGGUGACACAAUGUCUACAGGCCAGUGAAAGUAAUCGUGCAUUACUGGUUUUAAGGAAUCAGGCGGAUGGAAGACGGGAGCAUCCAGCAGUUGCGGUAAGCCACGCCCCCACAGUUCCACCGAAACCCCGGCCUGAGAGCACGGUGCGGAAAAGCGGCGUCGGAACAAAAGGCUCUGUAGGACAAGAGGGAGAAUUUCCCUGCAAGAAAUGUGGAAGAAUAUUCUAUAAGGUGAAAAGCCGGAGCGCUCACAUGAAGAGCCAUGCUGAGCAGGAGAAGAAGGCAGCGGCUCUCAGGCAGCGGGAGGCAGAGGAGCGCGCGGCAGCGGCUGCAGCAGCAUUAAUGGCUGCUCAACAGAACGGAUCACGAGCGGAACAAGCAGCGACGCGGCGAGCCAGCAGUGAGGACUCCUCAGAAGAGGAAGACUCUACAGAUGAUGAAGACUGGCACUAGCAAAUACUUUUCCUCCAUGGUAGAGCUUGGACACUUCUCCAGCAUGAACUGAUACACUGGUCUGUGUGGGGAAGAAUAACUGGGAGAUGGGACACAGCUUCAGGGACUAACUUACUCCCUUAAUGUGUGUGUGCAUGUGUAUGUGAAAGAGUGUGAGAAACUUUCAGGGUUUCUCAGUCAGACAUAGGGCUAUAGGGAGUAUAAGCCAAGGGUGUGUGUGUGCAUAUGUGUCUGCGUGUGUCUGUGUGCCAGAGAGUUUGUGUCAAAGAGAGGCAUUCAACAAGCGUUUCUCAUUUAGUUGUGUGUGUGUGUGUGGUUAGGGGCAGUACCAAACACUGUUCUGUCCACUUUCAGACCCCUUACACACACUGGGUACAGCCCAGGAGUCCCACCUGCUUCUCCUGCCCACUUUCGUUACAGACUUGCUUCAGCCCUUUAUUACCCGCUGUGACUCGGGCCUCCAUGCAAUCAGUGCUCUGGACUUACAAACCGGCAAAGACGGAGGACGGACUAACGUCCUCUUGAUUUUUCUAAAUGAAAUCUGUUUGUGACUCUUUUACGGUUGUCUGCCAAAAGCUUACACAGCUGUAUUUUGUGCACCUGUUUUUUGAUUGUUUUUUUGUACUGCCGUAACUUUUGGCUUUGUUGUUUUUGUUCUGUUUACUUCUUGUCACCUCGCUGAUGCCUUGGAUGUUUGACACUUUUAAUCGUGACAUGACAAUCAAUUUUACAAAGGUUCUUUUUUAUAUAUCCAACAAAGUAUCAUUGUUUUUGAUAUAUUCCUUAUUAAUAUUAUUAUUGUUAUCCUUAUUAGUGUUGCCAUUGUACUGUUUUAUUGUUUAUGGGAAAGGUAACCUUUUUUGUUUUGAAAUCUUUUUAUCAUUCAGCUGUUAGUUUAUUUAAGACUUUUGCUACCUGUAUUUGCAGUUUGUAAAGCUUCUCUAAGGUGUCGGGCAGAAAAAGGCAGAACCCCAAGGGUGAAAGUGCAAUAGAACAAUUUGAAAUAUUGAUGCAAAUGUGCUGCCACUCGUCCCUCCCUCCCUCCCUCCUCCUCCUCCUCCUCUCUCUUUCUCCUCCUCCAUCUCCUUCAGUCCUUGUCCAUCUCCAUCAUAAUCUGAACUUGAACUGAAUCCUAAUGCAGCCUCGAUUGAACAAGAUUAUUUGAAGAUAUUUAUUUACUGUCAUUUUUCUGGGGGGAAGAACAAAUGUGCUUGAGUGGCAAAAGAAUGAUGCGUAACAUGUUUCUAGCACUGUGCUGUGUCACAGACUCUGCUGGACAAGCACUUGGUGAUAUUACCAUGGCAACAGAGGCUGCUAAACCCCCCCAUCCUCUAAGAACAGCCACACUGUGGAUCUCUCGGCUGAGAGCAACGGCUCCAAUUACCGCUCAUCACACUUCAGUCUGCUAUGCACUCUGUGUGUAUGUGUGUGUGUGUGUGUGUGGGUGGAUGUUGAAUGUGUUUUUGCACACAUAUGUGUAUGUGUGCAUGUAUGUGUGGAUGUGGAUGGGUGUUAACACCAAUAAUAAAAACUGUUUCAAACUCAAAGCCAAGUGAGAAGGAGACACUUCCAGAUCUGUUUAGAUUUUUUUUUUUAAUUCUUGUGAAGAGAUUGACCUGCUCUUUCAUAUGGACGUUGUGGUAAGAAGAUCUAGCCAAGGUUUUUUGGGGGUUUUUUUCCACAUUUUUUUUGUCAUUUAAAAAAUUAUAUCUAUAUAAUUAAUAUAACAGGUAAAUAAAUGCAAGAUUUGCUGCCAUGGAGCGACUGUUUUUAAUUCAGCUAGCUUUUAUUCAGCCAAGGGAAAUGCUUGUAUAGGUAAUAAAUAUAUAUACAGUAUGUGUAUAUAUAUAUAUAUAUAUAUAUGUACACAUACACACACGUGUGUGUGUGUGUAUAUAUAUAUAUGUAUUAUGUUUGUGUGCUUGUGUAUGAGAAUGAAACUGUAUACUUUCGAUGCUAUUUUCAUAGGGGCUCAUACACUAAUGUUGACCUACAUAGAUGUGCUUUUUACUACAGUAUAACUUAUUUGUGUUAAUAGAUGAUCAAUUAUUGUUUUGAAAUAAUAAAUAUGUUCAAAAAAUAGAA